AUGAUUCAAUGCCGGCAGACAUUCCAGGGCCAUAACAGUUUUAUCAAUGCAGUGGCUUUCUCGCAUGAUUCAAAGCUGUUAGUAUCAGGGUCAUACGAUGCAACUAUUAAACUCUGGAAUACAACAACAGGCCAAUGCCAACAAACACUCCAGGGCCAUAGCAGCUACGUUUUUUCAGUGGUCUUUUCACAUGAUUUAAAGCUGUUAGUAUCAGGGUCAGGCGAUAAAACUAUUAAACUGUGGAAUAUAGCAACAGGCCAAUGUCAACAAACACUCCAGGGCCAUAGCAAUUAUAUCUAUUCAGUGGCUUUCUCACAUGAUUCAAAGCUGUUAGCAUCAGGGUCAUACGAUAAAACUAUCAAACUGUGGAAUAUAACAACAGGCCAAUGCCAACAAACACUCCAGGGCCAUAGCAAUUAUAUCUAUUCAGUGGCUUUCUCACAUGAUUCAAAGCUUUUAGCAUCAGGGUCACAAGAUAAUACUAUCAAACUGUGGAAUAUAACAACAGGCCAAUGCCAACGAACACUCCAGGGCCAUGGCGAUUGUGUCUAUUCAGUGGCUUUCUCAUAUGAUUCAAAGCUUUUAGCAUCAGGGUUACACAAUAAUACUAUUAAACUGUGGAAUAUAACAACAGGCCAAUGCCAACAAAUACUCCAGGGCCAUAGCAGCUAUAUUGUUUCAGUGGUCUUUUCACAUGAUUCAAAGCUGUUAGCAUCAGGGUCAGGCGAUAGCACUAUUAAACUGUGGAAUAUAACAACAGGCCAAUGCCAACAAACACUCCAGGGCCAUAGCAACUACGUUCGUGCAGUAGCUUUCUCACAUGACUCAAAGCUGUUAGCAUCAGGGUCAGCCGAUAAUACUAUCAAACUCUGGAACGUCGUCUAG